AAUCAUCAGCUGCAGUAGUGGCAUUAGAAACGCUGAUAAAGACAGCAUUUUAACAUGACAUAGAGGAAGUAAAUAGACAACUGUUUAAAAGGAAAUGGCGAGAAGUUCCUUAAGACUCAAAAUAAAACCAGAAGAAGCAGAGUAAAGACUCACACUUGCUGAACGAGUGAAGUGUGUUUCAGUGAGUUCAGACAAUCCGUCAUGAUGUUUCCUUUCUGCUUCUGUCUUUUCCUCUCUGUGCUUCAUUUUAUUGAUGCAUGUCAUGUUUCAGGUCAUGGAGACCGUAAAGAAGUAACAGGUUACACAGGUGGAUCAGUCCUGCUGCCCUGCUCCUGUACUCACUCUCAGUCUACAGUCAAGACUUUCACCUGGAAGCGCCACUACAAUAGAGGAAACCAGUGGACUGAAGUAUUUCAAGAUAAGAAAUACAAGAACAGACUGAAGCUGUUUAAUCAAAGUUCUCCGGCAAAUCUGUCUCUGCUCAUUUCUGACCUCAGAAAGGAGGAUGAAGGGUUCUAUAGGUGUUAUGCUCCACAAACGACAAGUACAUAUACGGACAUUAACCUAAGAAUUCAAGGGUGUGAUCUGGAUCAGAAUAAACGUGUGGCUGAGAUAACGGGACACUCAGGAGAGUCUGUGGUUCUGCCCUGCUCCUGUACUGAACUACAGGCUAAACCUGAACAACUUACAUGGACAUUUACUGCCCCAAACAAAAACUCUGAAGAGAUUUACCCAUAUGAACAGAGCGAGAGAGUCACAGGUCGAUUAAGACUGUUAAAUGAAAUCUCUCCUGGAAAUCUCUCUCUACAAAUAUCAAAUCUGACCAAAGAGGACCAGGGAGAAUAUCGCUGCUCUGUCUCGUCUCAACAGCACAUCAACAUCAGACUCCGUGUUCAAGAAUCACAAAUUCACACAAUAAAUACAACCGAUGAACCUAUAAAACAAGAAGAGGAACCUACAACUAAACUAGAUUUGGAAAAACAACUCUUUAUUCUGCUGUCGGUUCUUCCAGUAGUUUUGUUACUGGCUGUACUGGCCUUGAUCUACUGGAAAUGCAGAGGAAGAAGAGACGUCCAAAAGACGACCAAUGAUGGAUUAGUGCUGUGUAGUGAAAAUGAGAAACAGGGUGAUAUAAAUCCUGAAAGUGUAACUCAACGAGAAAACUUAAAACAGGACGAAAAUGUGUCUCUCCAGGAUGAGGUGACAUAUUCUUCUGUUGUCCACAUUAAGGCUGACACCAAACCAGCUCACAAACAGUUUGUCAUGGCAGAGUACUCGGAGUACGCCAGCAUCAAAUGAAGUCAAAAUAUGCCAUUUUAGGGGCCAAUUAUGCAACAAAACUGCAGAAUCAUCUAGCUUUUACAAACUCCAGCCAAACAACUUUCUGACAAUCCUCCUUGUUACUCUUCAUCUGUAACCAUGGAGACGGUGGUGAUCGUGGCCAUAGGUGUACUCUCCACCAUCUUCUUGGC